CCCAACAUUUCCCACCGGCCUGGCCUCUAAACAAUUUCAUUUCCACUCACAAUAUUCUCUAUAUCGCCUGACUUUUGGGCUCUCUCUGUCUCUCGCUCUCAUCGAAAUCAAAUAUGCCUCCAAAGAAAGAAAUGAAGAAAGGUGAAGAAGGUGACAAGAAGGAGCAGUUGUUCACCUACACACUCAAGAUCAAACUCAAUUGUGUUUGUGAUGGGUGUAGAAACAAAGUCUUCCCCGUAUUUAGGAAACAUUGUGGAGAUAACUGGGAGCUUGUCUCUCAAUCAAAAACGGGCAGUUCUGUAGAAUGGAAUGUCAAAGUGACAAACGCAAAAACAAACGAAAAAAAGCUGGAGGGAUAUCUGAAAGAGGUUAAAGAGGGGCUACAAUGUGAAGCGAAAGAUAUCAAGUCCAAAGAGAACGGAGACGGCAAAAAGAGUAAAACGGACGGCAACGGAGAGGGCGAAAAGAAGAGCGGCAAUGGAGACGCGAAAAAGGAGGUGGUUGUAAAGAAGGACGAUGCAAAUGCAGGAAAGGAGAAAAGUGGCGGAGGUGGCGGCGGUGGACCAAACUACAAUGAUGCCUUUAAACACUCUGCGGCUUUGGCGGGUCCUACAAAAGGUCCAUAUGCUACAGUGCACCCGGACUGGCUUAACCAAGUAAUGAACACGCAAUAUAUGAUCAUGAAAGCUGUGCCUCACUUGUUCAGCGACGAUAAUCCCUUUGCCUGCGCUAUCUUGUGAAAAAUUUCACCGGCCGCCCUUUAUAUCUGCAUGUGCUUUACCUAAAUAAACAGAUUAAAUUUUCAACUUUUCUUUGCUUUCUUCUCAUCUUUAAUUACCAUCGGCCAGGAUUAAUUGCCACAUUACUACUUACUCCCCGUAUUAUAUACUACGUAUGCAUGUCUUCGUAGUUCUUAAUCACAUUGUUGGAUUGGUAUUUCAUUAGUCCAAUAUGUU